CCUGCCCAUGGAUUUAGCUGUCUACAAACAUGAUUCUAUAAAUAGAUUCAUAUCUCAGGUCUGGAGUAAUUUCCUAUAUAAGAAGUUAGCCUGGGCACUGUUAGCAACAUUGAACCCUUGAGUCAGCUGGGUUAGCUGACCUAACCUGAUCAGACUGGAACUCGAGAGGAGAGCUGCUCUGCUGAACACACCUCCACGCAUCGCACGGACCCUCAGCUUGCCUGCUGAAACAAGAAUGCAGAAACAAAGGGCUUCAUGGAAGGCAGAAGAGUUCUGGAUGAGAAGAAAAGGCCAUCCCCCAGACAGAUUUCACAUCUCCAAGAAGAUGCCAGGAACUGGGGAAUCUCAGAACCCACGGUCGCUUCACCGGGCAUCAAGUGAACAAGUCCGACCCUUGGAUAGGCAAGCAAACUUAUUGGAUGGUGAUGUCUCUGUGGCCCCAAAGCUAGAGAAAACCAACAGGGCCACCAGUGAUCAGGGUGGCCCAAGGAGUAACCACAAGGACAAGGUCCACAAAAAGGGCCAGCAUGGGUUGUUAAAGACCCUGGUGAACUUCCUGACCAGGACAGGGUCAGAGGAACAGAAGGAAAAGGGAGAAAAGAAGUCAAAGGAUAAAUGCAAUUCCCCUCAAGACCCAAAACACCAAGAGGCAUUUGUAGACCCAUUGGAGCCAACCUUUAGGGAAAAAGACAAGGAAAGGGGAGACAAAAAGUUAAAGGAGAAAUGCAAUUCCCCUCAAGACUCAAAACACCUAGAGGCAUUUGUAGACCCACCAGAACCAACCUCCAAGAAAAAAGAUAAGGAAAGGGGAGACAAAAAGUCAAAGGAGAAAUGCAAUUACCCUCAAGACCCAAAACAUCUAGAGGCAUUUGUAGACCCACCAGAACCAACCUCCAAGAAAAAAGACAAGGAAAGGGGAGAUAAAAAGUCAAAGGAGAAAUAUAUCUUCCCUCAGGGCCCAGAACCGCUAGAGGCAUUGGCAGAACCACCAGAACCAACCUCUAAGAAGAAAGACAAGAAGUCUAACCUCAAGAAGGCCUUUUCUUUUAAGAAACAUGGCAAUGAAGAGGCCAAGAAAUCAUCAGGCUUGGAUUCAAGAAGCCCUGAGGCACCUCGUAGGCCUGCAAAGCCUACUUUUCUUCCUUUGUGCAUCAGCCAUAGACCCGCAAGUCUGGCUACUCCUGACUCAGAUGAUGAGGAAGUACAUGAGAGGCUGUUUACAGAAGUCAGGACUCCUGAGUCUACUGGACUUUCCAGCCAAGUUGGGCCGCCCCCACCAAAGGAGGAGCCACCUCUUAAGAGAGGUUCUGAAUCUAGUGAGCAUGACUUUAACCAAGGUCUUGGGUGGACUUUUGCUCUGAGACCCUGGGAUGACAUUAUUAUCCAGAAGAUAGUUGCUCUUCUCAAAGAGCAAGGUGACAAGUACAAUGAAAAGAUCAAAGAAGACCCGAAUUUUAGGGCAGCCUGGGACAGCCUCUCCUUUACCUCCAUCCAAACCUUGGCAGAUGUUCUGGGAAAUCAGGAAGAGAACCAGAAGGAGCCAGAGAGGAGUCAAGUAGAGAGAUGCUAUCAUUUGACCAGCAAAUUUGCAGGCAACACUAACCAUGCUGUCCACCGAAUCAUGGGCUGGAGAGACCACAGUGUUGCACACACAUUUGGUCAUAUACAUUGCAAUAAUGAACAGUAUAGGGAAAGUAUGUCCUUCCUUAGUCCAGAUUGAAGCCCAACCCUUUCUGUUCCUUCGAGUUGCCGUACAAGAAACAGUUGGAGCCAGUAGGAGAUGGGAAGAUGCUUUCUUAAAACCACAGGCUAAUGCUUCAUGGACCCGGUGGAAGCCAUGAGAAUAAGACAAAAGGCUCCCAUGCCUUUUAAAACUAUUAAUUGAUCAAUUAGUCACUUCUUAUUGAAAUGGAGAAUGUACUGAUGUGGGCAUCAAGUCAGAUCUCUGGGAGAAUUUCCUGAUGGAAAGGAAUAGUGACUCAGCCUGGCGAAUCCUCCAGCUCAUUUCAACAGACACCUCUGUGUGCCCUCUGUGUGCUAGGCAGAGCCCUUCUGGAGGAUGAAAAAAUGAGGAGAGGCAUACAGAAAGCCAGCGGUAGUAUAGUGACUCUGUAGUCCCAGAGUCAGAGGACCUAGGGUCCUAACUAGUAAGCUAUGUGAUCCUGGGGAAGUAAUUUCUCUUC